AUGGAGUUUCCUCAUCUCACUGCUGUCAACUUUGAAAACCACCUGGCCUCUGACAUAAUGCUUGUACACUUCUUCAACGACUUCCUCAGUCUGCCGUGUUUCCCAGAAGCAUUGCUGUACAACCAGGACACUGGAGUGUUUCAAGUGGCGAGUGAAGCAGCUGAGCGUGUCUCCAGACAGAUCACAUCAGUCCUACGACGCAAUAAAUCACAGCUUCUCACCGAGGACCCCACACUUGUGUCUGCGGGCCCCCCCGUAGACAACCAUUACACUGUGCACUGCCUGGACAGAGAGCAAGGAAUUCAGUGGAUCAUGACUGAAAGAUUUCCCUUCUUCAUUCAAAGUGAUUUCUACUUUGAAUACAGACUGGCCAAGUUAAUGUCUCAGCAGAACCCAAACCUCUGUAUCCACAAAAGCAAAGGCAAACGUUCAGUCACAAGACCUUUCUCUCCCUCCCAAAUGAACGCUGAGAAUGAAAAUGUACUCAAGGCCUUGACUUGCUCACAAGAGAUGAUUUCGACAAAACAAGGGAGUGCAGGAGAACGUGGAGCGGGCUUGGAUGAGUUCAAGGAGUUUUUACGAGGGACACAUGGAGAGAAGUUAUUUCAUCUCUGGAUGGACAUCGAGAGACUGAAGGCCACACAGCACUUGGAGCGAAAGAGCAGGCAUUUGAUGAUGAUGAGAAGCCGUUUCCUGUUGAGUGGCAGUCGGAGUAGUUUGGGCGGAGAGCUGCUUUACAGACUGGGUUUGACUACCACCCCCUGCUGGACAGAGAAGAAACUGCGCCUGCUGCAGCCCAGCAUCACCGAGGCUCUGCUCCUCUACUGUGGCAGUAGUACCGAUCCAGCACUGAGCAGUAACAGAAUGGCAAGGAUGUUACAGGCUCUAUAUGUUGACUCACAGGCUGGUUUUUACUUCACACGCUUCUGUGAACUUUCUGGAAACCAGCCUUGGCAGAAUGCUGUUAGUUUCUGGUCUGAUCUGCAGCACUAUCAUCAGCUGUUCUACCAGGAUGGACUGGACCCUUACAAAGUACAGAGGCAGGCUCAGCUGCUUUACUCCACUUAUCUGUGUUGUUCAGCCAGACGGAGAAUCGGUGUACAUGAGGAGACGAGGCGGGAGGUGUACAACCGACUGAUACCUGCCUUUGAGGAGCUGUUUGAUGAGGCAGAGGCGUACACCCUGAGCCUCCUCCUGGAGCCCUGGGCGCUGCUGAUGGCGAGAGAUAAAGAGAUCUAUCGGAGGGUUUGUGUGCAGGAGGAGGUGCGCUGGGUCGAUAGUGAGGAUUACAGGGAGCUGCAGAGCUGCUAUGAGGAGGCAAAGCUCAGAAAAAAGCAGAUGGAACAGUGCAAGCCCAAUCCUCCUCGAUUCCCUCCUUCUGCUCUCCCAGAAGAACCCCAAGAGCCCACCGCCUGGUCGAAUGUCCCACAGUGUUUCCGUGGUUACCGUCUGGGCUCCUUGCUCCGCCACCGCCACGAGCUUCAGUACUUCCUGUCCUUCCUCCAGCACUAUGAUGCCAGUAUUCAUCUUAAAUGUUGGCUGCACCUGGAAGAAUACAGACGGAUUCCCCAGAAGGACAAAGCUGUCCGACGGAAAAAGACCAUGGACAUCAUCACCAAAUAUCUCAACAGCAAGUACUUCUUUGGCCCAGACAGCCCUGCCUCAAUAGAACAGCAGCAUGAUAUGAUGCGCCUGGCAGGUGGACUGAAGCAGAUGGCACAGGAGACUCUCUCCAACACCGCAGUCAUGGAGAUUCAGAGCAUUGUCAGGAGCCACAUCGAGAAAACGUGGCUACCUCAGUUCCUGGCCACGGCUGAGUUUACAGAGAGACAGAAACACAAGCUAAAACUUUUGGCUGAAGUUACGCUCACGGAGCAGGUCUACCGCCGACGAAGUAAGAGAAGAGAAGCCUGGAAGGCGGAGGGGUUGUGGAUGAGCACUUCAAAGGAGAUUCUGGUGUUCAGGCAGGUCCUCCUCAACCCUGUCACCUGCCAGCAGUUUCAGCACUUUGUCUCCCUGAAAGGAGACUUCCUGGAGAACGACCUGCUCUUCUGGCUGGAGGUCCAGCGCUAUAAGGACCUUUGUCAUUCCCACAGUGAUGAGGCUACCAUCCAACAGAAGAUUUCCACCAUCAUCAACUGUUUCAUAAACUCCUCCAUGCCUCCUGCCCUGCAGAUAGACAUCCCACCAGAACAGGCCCAGCACAUAUUGGAGAAACGUAGAGACCUGGGGCCUUACAUCUUUAGGGAGGCACAGUUGUCAGUGUUCUGUGAGCUGCUGAAGCUGUGGCCUCAGUUCCAGGCAUUGAAGAGCAGCGUCCAGGAGGAGCAGCUCCUGCCCCUGCUAAGGGAGAAGAGAGCGACUUACAGAGCCAGACGACAGAGGCGAAGGAGAAAGGAGGAAGAACGGAGGGCCUUGGUAAGGACACAGGCAGAGCUGGAGAGGCAAGAGACCAGUUUUACGGAGGAGGAAGAUGAGGAAGAGGAGGGAGGAGAGGGGAAAAGCGAAAAAGAGGACAUGCUGAGAGGACAGAGCAGAAUGCUGCAUUCUCCCACACAGAAGUUGUCAUGGUCCUACUCCAAGUACAUGGCUGCCCUGAAGAGAGAAGAGAUACUGAUGAAGAAACAGAGCCAGCUCAAUGCUGCCACCUCAUUCUCCACAGCUUCAGACUCAUCCUCUGGUUACAGUCUGAGGACAGCGGGUAGCAGGAACAGCCAGCAGCAGCCAUCCAUCCUGUCCACCAUGACCAAGAACAGAUACAGCAAUAAACGGGGUGAGGUUGGUGAUCAGGUCUAA